AAAAAAAUCCCGGCCUCACUUCGCGUUGUGUCGCGCUCGGUUCGUGUUGUGGACGUUUCGCAUGUCAAUCACACGCACUAACGCCGUAAUUACGCUAUUUCCGAAAACACUCGAACGCAGCAUGCGGUACUGUCCGCAACACCUGUGUAACUUCGGUCGUUAAAAAGUCCCACGAUCACCCUUUUUUCUUUUUUCUUUUUUUUCUUCUUUUUUUUCUUCUUGUAAACUCAAACUCCCAGCGUUCACCGCGCGCGUGUUCGCGACCGUCCCCGCGCCGGCGGUGACCGAGGGCUCGCCGGGAACUAGAGUCUCGUCUCCGCAUCUCACCAUUUUCCACAGGUUUCGCGAGAUUUUACACAGGCGUGUGUGCGCGCGCGCGUGUGUGCGUGUGUGUGUGUGUGUGUUGGUGUGUGUGGCAGCAUUUCUCUGCCAGACGAACCGAACAAUACUGACAUGACAUCUGCGUAAAGUACCCUUUGACUCUCUGGAGGCAUGUCCAAGAAAAGGGGCAGAAAGCGGAGUAGCGGGGAGCUGAGCGACACGUUGACCCCGGAUCCCAACAGCAUUCUGGGAGUCCGCAUUCAACACAACUGGCGCGAGAAGGGCAACCAGAGCAAGUGGAAAGGGACGGUGCUGGACCGGCUCAGCGUGAACCCUUCGCUGUUCAUGGUGAAGUACGACGGCUUCGACUGCGUCUACGGCAUCGAGCUGUUCAAGGACGAGAGGGUGUCGAGUCUGCAGGUCCUGUCGGAGAAAGUCGUAAACAACAAGAUUAAGAUACCUCCUGGGGCGGAGGAGCUGGUGGGCAAAGCCGUGGAGCAUCUGUUUGAGAAGGAGGAUGGAGAGAAGAACGAGUGGCGAGGAAUGGUCCUCUCCAGAGCGCCAAUCAUGACCAACUGGUAUUAUAUCACUUAUGAAAAGGACCCCGUACUUUAUAUGUACCAGCUGUGGGACGACUACGCUGACGGAGACCUCAGGAUUCUGCCUGAAGCAGAAAACAAACACCUGUUGCCCGCAGACAGGAAGCCAGGAGAAGAGACGGAGAGCCUGGUGGGGAAACAGGUGGAGUAUGUUACCGACAAGGGCGUGAAGAGAACAGGCCUGGUCAUCUACCAGGUCCCGGCCAAGCCCUCUGUCUACUACAUCAAAUAUGAUGAUGACUUUCAUAUCCAUGUCUAUGACCUGGUGAAAACCACCUAGACAUAGUGGACACUCUCCAGCCUCCCUCCAUCUGCUUCAAGUUCCAGCCGCCGUUUCCCAUCCGUUUUUUUUUUUCCUCCCAAACAACAACAACAACAACAACAACAAAAAAAACACCAUGUUCGGGGGUUGAAUAGUUAUUAUGCUUUAUUGUUCAGAAGAAAAAAGUGCAAUCUGUUUUCCAUAUGCACAGCAGAACUGUAGCACCGCUAUGCUUGGCUAUAUUUCAAGGAGAUUGGAUUGUUUUAAGCGUUGCUGUUCUACUUUAUACCGUGAUGUUCGGACAGUCCCAAGAUUGCACUGCCCCAACAGCUGUGAAGUGCAGUUGUUACUGCAUUUGUAUUGCUGUCCUUGAGAUACUCUGAUUUGUCCUUUUUAAGUAUUAUCUUAAUUAAAGUAUGACUCAAAAAGCUGCUCAAAACAUUUUUCUUUUGAGACUUUUCUUUGGAUCAUCCAACUAGCCAGUAAGCCUGAUAUACACAUUAUGUCUGGGAUAGAUACCUUCCACUGUUUAUUGAAUUAAACGGGGCUGAUAGAUGUGUGUAUUGUAUUUAUCUAACCGUAUCACAUUUAUGGAAUGAAUGAAAAGAUUGCAAAAAUCACCUAAUAUUUACAAAAGCUACUUAGAUAAAUGACGCUCAUGUAGAAAAUGUACUCCUGCACCGUAUUUAGCAUCGCAUCGGAUCCUUUGCGCCGGUGAUGAAGACGCAGUUUGCUAAAUUCUCAUUUUUAAUUUGAUCCCACACACAAAUCAUAAAAGUGCCUUCCGGCUUGUCAUUUUUGCAAUUUUUGUACAUACCGCAUCUCUCGACUACCUGCGUGCGAAGGCUUCUGUUUGGUUUUCAUUCAGAAGUUGGCGACGCUGACAGCUUGAGGAAAGUUUUGCGACCAUGUAGUUUUAUUUCAGUGCCGUGUGUUUUUUGCUCUUAAUGCCGUAUGAAAAUGUACUUUAAAUAUUACACACAUCUUCAUUGGUUGUAUAAGCUCACUGUUGAUCUUGUGGGGAGCACUUUAUUGUAUAAAGUUUACAUGUUUAGGUUAUGGUACGCUAUAUAUAGUUUCCCCAAAAAAAAUGCUUUUUUUCCCUUAAGAGCAAACGCUUUCACGCAUGAAGGAAAAAAAAAAAGAAAAGGAAAAAAGUGUCGCAAUACAUUUAGAUGACAGUAUUUAAUAUGUACAACUUGUGUAAAAUGCCUUGUAAUGUUGCCUGUUGUGAUUACUCUCAUUUAUAUGAAUAUCUCAUUAAAACCACCAGCUUUUA